GCGAAUAAAUGCCGAACGGCGCCGAUUAUGCGAGCGCCGCCGAACACGCCCCCUCGGGACCGUACGGCGAGCCGGGGUGUACCAGCCCCGCAGGCAAUCGACCAAUCGUGCGCGACACCCGAUCGCGAAGCGGUGUAGCCGACACCCCGCUGUAGCCCGCGCACUAGUCCGCGACGGCGGUAAUCAAACGUAACUCGCGGCACUUAACCGAUUGACGGCUCUAUUAAAUGUUUAUCGUUGGCGCGAAAUACUGAAAAACACUGAAUAUAAUACAUAAUUAUAUCGUCUACGUAUAUCGCAUAACUAAAUAUAUUUAGGAUAAAUCGGUUUUCAUUAUUUUGAUAAUAUUUCUCUAAUAUAAUAUAUCAUUACCGCGAUUAGUGCAGUUCUCCGUCGUACCAAAAAUUAAUAAUAUUUAAACGACAAAACGGAACCGACGAUGACGAUUGCGGCCGUACGGUGAACGCUGCCGAAGCUGCCCUAUCUAUACCCGAUCCGCGAACAGAACAAAAAUUGUUGGUACCAUAAUUAUAGUACGUUCACGUCCGCAGAAAUCGAUGAAAUUGGACGGACGUCUCGGCGGGACGACGUGCGACGGCAGUGGUGCUGUUUACGGCGCCUCUGCGGGUCUCGGCGACAACGUCGAUCGCACGGAACGGCCACCGACUUCCACCGCCGCCGCCGCUACAGCCGCGGUGGAUGAACGCGGCUUGACGUCGCCGCGGGAACAGUGCGAUUGCGACUCCGACGCCCGUGGACAGGCGAUGGCCACCUGCACGGUGGCCGGUUCUGCGGUCGUGCCGAAGACGUCUGCCGUCGGUUCGUCACUGUUUACCAUCGACAGCAUACUCGCUCCGUCCAGGUCGUCCGACGUGUCGGCCGUCACGGCAGCCUCCAACCGCAACAACGUGAGCGCGGCCACUGCGGCGGCGAACGGGUUCUUCAAGCAGCCGUUGAGCUUUGGACACCUGGCAGCCGCCGCAGCCGCCUCCGGAUACGCACACUCCACUGCCGCAAACUUCUUAGUUGCCGCGGCUGGUUACCAAAGCAUCUAUCCUAGUUAUAUGAUGGCCAUGGCGGUGACGGGGGGCCACGGGGCUGCUGGCGGUCAUCAUCACGGUCCCGCGUCCAUGUUCGCCGGCCCACCGGCCAAGAGAAAGAGAAGGCACCGGACCAUAUUCACCGAGGAACAGCUCGAACAGUUAGAAGCGACUUUCGAGAAGACGCAUUACCCAGAUGUAGUUCUCAGGGAGCAGUUGGCGCUGAAGGUGGAUUUAAAAGAAGAACGAGUCGAGGUGUGGUUUAAAAAUCGUCGGGCAAAGUGGAGAAAGCAAAGACGCGAAGAACAAGAUAGACUGAGGAAAAUGCAACAUCAUCUAGUGGAACAGCCUGGAGUGUCUAAUGGGCUAGCAGCUGCAGUGGCGGCAGCCGCGGCUAGGGGGGGUGAUCCCAUGCGGUUAGUCCAUCUGCACGUGCAGGACGAAGAAGAACUCGAAGAAGAUCCCGAUUCUUCAGACUUAGAAGUUGCUUGAGUAAAUUCUAUCGACUGAAUAAAUGAUUGUUUGUCUUUUUUGUACAUCUCUUGAAGAGCUGGUUUUUUUUCGUUAACCCAGAAUGAUGCAUAUAUAUUUUUAAGAUGCGUUUUGAUAUUUUAAAAGCAUUUCUCUAAAUCAAA